CACUCUCUCAUUGUCAAGACAGCCUUCGUUUACAUAACCCCUCCUUGGUCAUUUCAUCCUCGUCGCAGCUUAGUGUGAUAUCACCGAAGAGAAAGGCCACUGUCCACCGAAGCUCGUCCCUUCUCUUCUCACCAGAACAAUCUCAUCGUUGCGCCAGCUCCGAGCCAUCCACAAUGGCACCCUUGAUGAACGGCCCAACGUUCUCAGACCAGCCAUCGGAGAACGUUAUCCUCAAGAAGAACGCUUCGAAAGAGCACGAAAUCAUCAUGCUCGGGCCGAUCAAGUUGGAGGUGCUAGAAGACGGCCGAUCAACCGACAACCGCGUCAGCAUCGUCAAAAUCUACCUGCCUCCACGCCUACCCGGACCGGUGCAACACUGGCAUCAAAUGCACGACGAGACCUUCCUGGUGAUCAAAGGCACCGCAACCUUCUACUCACGAGACUCGAAGUUCGAGGCCGGCGAGGGCGAUCUUGUUGUCGUCCCGCCGCUAUCACCGCAUACCUUCGGCAAUGAGAGCGACGGGGAUGUUGUUAUGCUCAACACCUUCACUCCGGCUUUCUAUAUCAAUUAUUUCCGACUGAUGGCUGAGAUGAUGAAGAAGGUGGCAUCGGAUGGGAAGAUCACGCCGGGAAUCGCGAGCAGGGCGAUGUUGCAGUAUGCUACGAUACCAGUCCCGCCGGACCAUGAUUGGAACAAUGCCGAGCAGAAUCCUGGGAAAGAGCCGAAAAAUUUUCAAUAGAGGAAUUUAACAAGUACUCUAUGCACUCGAGUAAUCCAGACCAAUCAGUGUACUUGCUGAGAAUGUGUACGCGGCAUAGCCGUGGAGAAUGAC